GCAUUCAAAGAUAUCCUAACAAUCUACUGUUCUUCAUGUGGUGCAGUUUUUCAAUGUGUACCAUAUUCUUGUCUUUGUUGAUUCAUUGGUCACAUACUGCUUGAUAGUGGAUAGUAACUGACCACCUGAAUGCAGAUUUAGCAAUUUGACUUAUUUACCAUUCAGUUACAAACAACCCACAAUCAUAAUCAUCCUCUCAAAUUUGGGAUAUUGCUGCAAUGUUUAACUAUUGCAUCUCAAAGACAUUAUUGAUGUAAAACAAAGACAACUAAUUCAAAAAAUAAAAAAAAAUUCAAAAUUUGAAUUUUUUUUCAUUUUUUGUGUAAACAAGCCAUCUAAGAAUUUAUCAAAAGCAAUAUUGUUUCUCCAGUUUGAAAAUAUCUAGCAUAUUGAAACCUUAAUCAAAUUUUCUUCUCAUUGUGGUGAUUAAGUUAGGUAAGUUUGAAUAAAUUUGCAUAAAUGCUUUUAGGUGUUCCAUUUUUAAUCUGUGCCAGUGUUUAUUAAAUAUAUUAAAUAUAUUUUUAAAAUAGUUUUUUCUUUUAAAGAUAACAAAAUGUAUGUCAUUAGCUUGGGGAAUAGAGGCAUCUGGAAUUGAAGGAACAGAAUUUACUCUUGAUGAAAGUGGUGAUGUCACAUGGAAUAUACCCGAAAAUACAGAACCAAUGCCAUUUUUUAAUUGUGAGACAUAUGAAGUAUUUUUUAGUAAUCCUCAUUAUCUUAGGUUCUUUGGAACAUUUGCUGGACAUGUCAUUGAAUUUAGGGUUGAUCAAACAAAAGAAGAUACAAUUCAGCUCACAUAUGAGGGAUGGUGUAUUUUACAGUGUGAAAAGGUAUGCACUAUGGAAAUAAAGCAGGAUCUUCCAUUUUCCUUCCUGUGUGCCUUAGAAGAAAGUUAUUUCUCUGAUAUUGUUAUUCAAGCAAGCAAUAGAAAGGAGUUUAAAGUUCAUAAAAUUGUUUUGCAACUUGGUAAUCCGGAAAUAGAUUGGACACAAUCACCAACUCCUUUACAAGAUUUACCAGAAGAUGUUUUAUAUGCUACUCUGUAUUAUAUUUAUUGUGAAUGUUUGCCAGAUAAUCUGCAAGAAGAAACAGCAAUGAAUUGCUUGCAUUUAUUAGCUCACAUACCUGGUUUUCGAAAAUUUGAAGAAUUAUGUGAACUGUUUUUAAAAAAUUCUGCUCUAAAACAACAAAUAACCAGUUUAGUAACAGAAAUGCAUAUGUGUGCCAAUCACAUAAUUGAUUGUUUCAGUGGUGAAGUCAAUGUUCAUGAUGGACCGUCCACAGUUUCUGUUAAUAGCCCAAUGACAAAUGGCAUUAUUGAAUCAGACAAUCUUCCAUAUAAUCCUGCUAGACUUUGUUAUGUAAUUAAACAAGCAUUAAGAGAGGGUGCUGUUGCUGGAGGAAAAUUAUUGAUUUUGUGUGAUUUAUUUUCACAAAGAAAAAAUGAAUUGUCAAGAGAAGAAAGACAUGAAAUUAUAAAAUAUUGUAAAUCAAGGUUACCUGUAUUUAUGAAUCAAUUACAUAAACUGCUUGAUGUAAUCAAACAGUCAUUUGGAAAUUUGAAAGCAGGUGAAAGACAAGAGAUAGCAUCAUAUUUAGUACCUGAGGUCAGUUUCCUAUUAUGGUUAAUAAUUGAUUCUGGAAGCAAUAAUAUAUUUUCUAUUGUUAAAUAUAAGAUGUGCACAGCUCUUCACAUGAGAGAAUUAGUGAAAUUAAGAAGUUUUCAUGAGAAAGUUACUGUUAGCAUUCGAAAUUUGAUGCAUAAGAAAGAGAAUUUUAAUGAAAUGACAUCCGGAAACAAGAUUCGUUGUAUUGCAAAAAAUUUGGAACAAUUAAUAGAAGAGAUUCCUGUUUUUCUUAUGAGGAUAGAAGAAUUAAGAUCUGCAGUUGAUGAAAAAUUAACUUGGAAAGAAUGGAAAUAUUUAUUUAAAUUGGGUACAUCAAAAGUGGCCUGGGUGUUAAGUAAAUUAGUUUGCCAUCGAGCUACACUUCAGACAAUGAUAAUUCAUAUUAGUGAACUGAUUAAUAGAGAACAGUUUACUAGGAGUUUAGUGCAACUUGGUCUCUUAGGUACUCCACCAAGUUCUCAAACCAAUCAAGGACAAGGACAAAGUGUAGGAAAUAGUCCUGUUGCCAGUGCAAGUUGUUGUAAUACUCCUCUUCAUAGUCCUAUAUGCUACAAACAGUUAGGUAUAUUUGAAUCACUUUGUCAUCCACCAUUUUCUCGAGAAAGUACUCUUGCAAAAAAUGCACUUCAACUUCUUAAAAGUGGAAAUGAUACAGACAUGAAAUUUGAAAUUGUGACUGUUCAAGACUCUUCGGAUGGCUUAAUCGAUCAAACUCGUGAACAAACAAAAAUUGCUUCUGCGCAUGAAGAAGAGAAGAGACACGUCAUUAAAGCGCACUGUGUGAUAAUAGCAUCACGUUGUGACUGGUUUAGGAAAGCUCUUCUCAGUGGGAUGAGAGAAUCCAUAGACAAAAAAAUAAUUAUCCACGACACAAAUCCAACAAUAUUCCAUAUAUUUUUGGAAUACUUAUAUGGAGGUCAACUUGAUGCCAUGAAACUGUCCACUGAACAGCUUGCAGAUUUGAUGCAGUUGAGUGACCGCUAUGAGGUUGACUCACUGAAACAAAUUUCCGAAGAAUCAUUAAAAAAACACAUUGACGAAGAUUCAGCAUUGUUUCUACUUAGUAUAGGAGAUCAGUUCAAUGCUAAAUUUUUAAGGAGAGCUGCACUUGAAUUUAUCAGCAUGAAUAAAGAUAUUAUAAAAAGUGAAGUAUUUUAUGAUUUACCAGAAGAUUUACAAUCUGAAGUUGAAGAAAUGAUUGCUUGGGUCGAGUUAAGGAAUUCUCAAAGAAGUGAAGAACUGUCUUGUCCACAGUAUUUGGGUCCGGAUAGUCCAAGUUCUAUGUCAUCUAGUCUUUUAGAUAUUGAAGAAUUAACUUCGGCAAUGAAUAUCUCAGGAAAAGAGGGCGAUGCGGCGUCGGAUUCGAGCUCUUUAGAAGAUCUGCCUCUGACUCAGGACUCGGCCCGACUGGAGGCCUGCGUGGCCCAGCUGCGCGACAUCGUGGGACAGGCGGUUCCCGGAGAAGAAUUGGUGCGAAUUUCUCUGGCAGCCGACUACGACGUCAACCGAGCCUUAAACUUUUUCUUCUCUGGCGAUGCGGCGUCGGAUUCGAGCUCUUUAGAAGAUCUGCCUCUGACUCAGGACUCGGCCCGACUGGAGGCCUGCGUGGCCCAGCUGCGCGACAUCGUGGGACAGGCGGUUCCCGGAGAAGAAUUGGUGCGAAUUUCUCUGGCAGCCGACUACGACGUCAACCGAGCCUUAAACUUUUUCUUCUCUUGAUUCCCUUCCGUCUGGUCUCGUCUUUCCCAGAGCCGUUAUUUUUCAAAGAGUGAAUCGAUUAGGUAGAGACGGACCCGUUCUUUCUCCUAGACCACCCGAGCUCCGGAUCCACCCUCCGGGUCUUCUGGUCCUCGCCGCCCGAGCUCCGCCCGGGCCCCGGGGGCAGAAGAGGUGGUGUGGAAGCCAAAUGUUUUGGACCGAACGAUCACGCCGGCCGUCGAAAUCGAUGAUUUCCGCAUAUUUACAUUCCAUUUAGAUCGGUAUAUUUUCUCUUCUUUUCCUUUUACUCUCGAUCCAUCGGAAUCGGUGGUCGACGUCGACUGUGACGAAAGCCGCUUUCGGACGGAAAAUUGACCAAUCACGUUGAAAAUAAACAUAAAAGAAAACAAAGUCUCCGAGUGGUUUUUCUGGUUCGGAUAACGGAAGAGUGUGGCGUGGUGGAAAUUAGUGCGGUUGAAGGCAGUAAGUUUUUAACAUGGGUCUAGGAGUGGAGGUUCAAAAGUUUCGCGUGGAAAACACAUGAAGAUCUGCACGCAAGUGCCUUACCGUUUAUUAUGCGUUAAAGCUCAACGGUUGAAUACAGACGUAAUGUUUUUGUAGCCAAUAGUCACGCGACACUUAAUACAGCUUUGGAUCGUACGGCCAUCUCGAAGGAUCUAAAUUUGAAUUCGGAUAUUCACCCGCUCCGCUCCGUUUGUGGAAAAGGCUUCUGAUCUGACUACGAAAUGUGCCACUUUAAAAAGGCAUAUUAAUAUCACGCACUCUAUAGACGGUUUAUUCUGUCUGAUGGAAAGCUGCUAAAGGUCUAAUUCUACUUUCGAGUGUUUCGAGGUAGUGGCAAAUAUGUGAUGUUAGCCGAUUGGGGUGAGGAGUUUUCGACAGCCGAGCGGUCAAUACUGUCGUGUGGGCGCAGAAUGGCUCACCGAGACAGGUUUAC